AUGACGGAAGCCGCCGCGGACUACCACGCGCUGCCGGAACAGGGCUCGUUCUCGGGCCACGGUGCCGAGCGCGUGAGUCGCCGCAGCUCUCAGGGUCCGUCCACGACGGUGCCCGCUGCGUCCACCGACAAAGCCACGCCACUACCCAGUGGCUCUACGGACGAAGCGAUGAUGGAACUGGGCGAUGUGGACGAUGACGCCGUGGCUGUCAUGCCCCGUGGCACGCCCAAACCUCUUCCCAACGCCUUCCUUGGUCCUGGAUAUGGGCGCAACUCAUACUUUACAUGGCGCUUGCGUAUGAGCACGUUACUGGUCGCGGCGCUCGGUAUUGCAGGUAUUGUGGCAUUCUGGGUGUCCAAGGAUAUCGGACAUGGAGGCGUUCAGGCACGUGCAAUAUUGUACGUGGCCUUCGCAGUGGUGACAUUUUUCGCAAAUUUCGUGGUACUCACGUACUUCGCACGUUUCCGAGAGCAUCUGAGUAUGCAACUUGGGGCGUUUAAGGAAACGGACCAAACUGGAGGUAUCCGAUCUCGACUGCAACGUCGGCGCAGUAAAUACAAGUCAGAGCGCACGCGGGUGGUGAACGACAUACGUAAACACCUCUACAAGGAGACGUCACUGGGAAAUGUAGCCCAGAUGGAGACGCUAUUGGAGUACGCUAAAGAGCGGCUGGGCACAGAGUUUCGCCCAUGA